AUGCCAGCGGUGGUCCAGAUUGUAACACGUACGCCUCGCCGGGUCCGCUGCCGGUGCUGCACUUCCACCUGCCAGACGGCGCUGACGGACUGCCUCGCCGACAUCAGCUGCAGGAGGCUCCUCGACCCCGUGCUGGCCCGCUGCGACAACGACGAGUGCAACAGGGAGACUUGCAUGAGCGAGUUGCAGACUUUCUACCGCAAUGUCCAACGCGAUGGGGACACGAGGGGGCGUUUUGCCUUUGCAAGUGGUUGGAAGAGCAGCACGACGGCCAACGAGUGCCUGAAAGCCCAGGAGAAAGCUCCCCCUGCUUGUGCACGCAGGCCGGCCGGGCAGGUCCUCAUGCUGUGCAACCGACUCGCUGAAACGGCAAGGAGGAUGAUAGUUGCCCGACCCACUAUCAUAUUCCAUAGGGCUGAAAAGAGACACCGCCUCGAGUUCUACGAGCAGGCGGCGCCGUGGACAGCGACACCCGCCGCUGCGCAGGCCCCACAGCCGAGUGCAGACGCGCAGUACUGGGUAUCCUGGGCCGCAGCUGCGCAACCUCUGCACCUGCGCAGCUACGGGACCCAGAGAGACCUACACCUGCAUAGAAAUGGCAGCGGAUCCUCUGGUUCAACCCUUGCGUCGCCCCAUCCCCCCCCCCCUUUUCCCCCUUUCCUUCCCCCCUCCCCACCUCCCCCCCCUUUUUCCUCCCCUUUUCCCCCUCCCCACCCCCACCCCCCACCCCUUUUCCCCCUCCUUCCCCCUCCCCCCUCCCCCCUUUUUCCUCCUCCUUCCCCCUCCCCCCCUUUCCCACCCCCCCCCUUUUUCCUCCUUCCCCUCCCCACCUCCCCCCCCCCCCCUUUUUCCCUCUUUCCCCUCCCCACCCCCCCCCCUUUUCCCUUCCCCCCUUCCCCCCUCCCCCCCCUCCCCCCCCCAACCCCUUUUCCUCCCACCCCCCCUCCCCAACCCCCCCCCCCUUUUUCCUCCUCCUCCUCCCCACCUCCCCCCCCUUUUCCUCCCCCCCCCCCUCCCCCUCCACCCCCCCCCCCCAAACCCCCCCCCCUUUUCCCCCUUCCCCCCCCACCUCCCCCCCCCACCCCUUUUCCUCCUCCUUCCCCCCCCCCCCCCCCUUUUCCCCCUUCCCCCCCCCCUCCCCCCCCCCCCCCCUUUUCCUCCCCUUUUCCCCCACCCCACCCCCCCCCCCUUUUCCUCCUUCCCCCCCCCCAAAAACCCCCCAAACCCCCGCACCCCUUUUCCCCUCCUUCCCCCUCCCCACCUCCCCCCCCCCCCCCUUUUUCUCCUUCCCCCUCCCCCCCCCCCCCCCCCACCCCUUUUCCCCCCCCCCCCCCCCCUCCCCCCCCUUUUCCUCCCCCUUUCCCCCCCCACCUCCCACCCCUUUUCUCCCCCUUUCCCCCCCUCCCCACCCUCCCCCCCUUUCCUCCUUCCCCCUCCUCACCUCCCCCCCCCUUUUCCUCCCCCUUUCCCCCCUCCCCACCUCCCCCCCCUUUUUCCCUCCCCCUUCCCCCCCCCCCACCCCCCACCCCUUUUCCUCCUUCCCCCCCCCCUUUCAAGAAAAAACGAGGGGGACUAUGGAGUUUACCUGUUCCCCCCGGGGAUAGCAAAAAGGAGGGGAAAAUUAAAUUUAAAACCUUCCCAAAAAAUGCCUCGCUGGUUGACGCCCCCCUGGGCAAGCUCGGCAAAAUGGUGCGAGACCCCGGAGAGAUUAUGAAAGGGCGCGGCCGUGAGUAA